UCUCCUUCUAGGAAGAACAAAUAAUGAAACUGACAUUUCAGUCACAACCAUCUUUUACAGCUGAUGAAGGGCCCCCCGAUAAGUCUCGAGAAAAGAUCAUCAUAUCCAACACUACUACUUGUAAGUGUAUUACUGCAAUAAUUCAUUUCAAAACCAUGAAAAUCUUACUUACACAUGCACACAAUGCUCUUCUUUCCACAUGCAUACAAAAUGUGCUUUGAUCCCUCUUCUCACUAUAACAUGGAAACAACACAACCAUGAUCAAAAUAUUGCUCAAUAUCAUUGCCGUGAGAAUCUCAUGAUAUUGGUUGAGCAUGAUAAUUCUAAAAGUGAAGCUAAAUGGUGUCUGUCAAUCACCUUGGUAUGGUUUAUCCUAAUCUUGAACCUAUGCAAUGUGUAAGAAUUUUCUACACAAAUCUCUUGUGCAGAAUUUCUGCAGAAAAUUCAGCAUUUUUUUCAUUCGCACUCUCCUUUUCACACUUUGUGUUAGGAAGCCUCAAUCUUGCAACUCAUCAUGCAAGAAAGAUAGUAAGCCUAUUUUUAGUACACUUAUUGUGACAACUAAAAAUUAGUGGAGUGCAAAAAAAAUAUAUAUAUUUAUAUACUGAAUUUUUUGGGGAGAUUCUGCACAAGAGUUGUGCAGAAAAUUCUUACACAUUGCAUAGGUACAAGAAUAGGCUAAUUAAGACAAAGGUGAUUGACAUGCAAAGCAUUUAGCUUUAUUUUUUGAAUUAUCAUGCUCAACCAAUGUCAUGAGACUCUCAUGGCAAUGGUAUUGAGCAAUAUUUUGAUCAUGGUUGUGACAGUUUCCAUGUUAUGGUGGGAAGAGGGAUCAAAGCACAUGUUGUAUGCAUGUGGACAGAAGAGCAUUGUGUGCAUGUGUAAGCAAGAUUUUCAUGGCUUUGGAAUGAGUUAUCACAGUAAUAACACUUACUAGUAGUGUUGUAUAUGAUGAUCUUUUCUCCAGAAUUAAGAGGGCGUGAUCAGGAUGCAACGAGUGAUGAAGGUGUUGCGGCAACUCUGCACUUCAUAAUUUAAAUAGACAUUAUUACUUCUCUGAUCAAUUUUUCUAUUUGUUCUAAUGCUUCCUAGGAGGAGAACUAAUAUUUCUAUACUUGUUUAUAGAUCGAGUUACUUAUAUAUAAUAGUUAACAUGACAAUAACAGUGUCUUUGGCAGAAAGGAAGAGGAAGAGCACCAUUCUACUUGUUCGGUAACACGAUAAGGAGGAAAAAAAAAGGAGAUUUGGAGGAAUAAGAGAUCACCAUGGUCCAGCAUAUACAAUCUCCCCAUCUAUGGAGAGUUGAAAAAAAAAUUUGAAAAAGUUAUAAAUACCCUCCAUAAUAUCAUUCUGUUUUUUUUUUUUUUUUAAAUCAUCUAUCUUUAUAUAUAUAUAUAUACUAGAUAGAAGCAACAUACAAUGCACGUUUGCUUAAUUUUAAAAUUGUAAACAUUGUUUAUAAUUUUAAUAAAAAUUGUGUUCACUGUUUUUUUAAUAUAUAUAUAUAUAUAAUAGAAUGAAUUAUAGUUUUAGGGUAUAUAUAAAUAUUUAUAUGAGAUAUUUGCGGCAAUAAUGCCUAUGUAGUUCAGUUUAUUGCACUUAAAUGCUUAUGUAAAAAUUUUGGCGGCAAUAAUGCCUACCGUUACGAUUUAGAGCAACCGUUGGUCCCUGGGCCGUUAAGGGUAUAUUUGAUACACGUGUCACGACCCGAUUGGGUUAAAUUAUUAAAAUUUAAAAACAAAAACAAUUAAUGGUUAUGGUUUUUAAUUAAAAACAAAAAAAGAAAACUAACUGUGAUUAAUUAAUAUAACCAAAAAAACCGUUUGUCUAAAACCAAGUUCUAAAACUAAUCUAAAACAAAAAAAACUCAAAACUCCAUACCCAGAAAAACGAUGAAGAUGAAGCUUUCCCCCCGACCACACCCAGACGAUCCACCCCCGACAGUAUAGCACGUGAACCCAGUAGAAGAAAACUUGUAAUUCCUUCGAAUUGGGGGUUAGGGCAUCUUUUGCAUCGGGUUAAUGGAGAACGGAAAAAAUUGCCAUUGUCGACCACCAAGGCCAGUGGUAGAAAGAACGGCUUGGAAAAACAAAAAUCCUGGGCGAAGAUUCAAAACAUGCAACAAGUAUCGGAUUCAUGGUGGGUGUAAUUUCUUUGAAUGGAUAGACCCUCCUAUGUGCCAUCGAGCAAAGGUGGUCAUCCCUGGACUACUAAGAAAAAUUGGUGACCUUGAAACUGAAAUCACAUCCCUAAGUACGACAACUGACAUUGGAAGUCAUCGGCAAUGCAGUGGUUCUUCAAAUGGAUUUGAGACACAAUCUCACAACCUUCAAAAUGUUGGAAGAGAAAGCUGUGAAAGUUGUGCUAAAAGCAGGGAUAGAGUAAAUGAUGGAGGUCGAAUGCAGUGUUACUACUUUUUGAAUACUAUGUAUUUUGCUGUAAUUCUAUUGGUUGUGGUUAUUUGGGCUACAAAAUCAAAGUAGAAGCUGUUGGUAUUGUUAGUUUAUUUUUGGGUAAUCUUCAUGUGCAGUAUUGACAAUGACAAAGCUAUUGCACCCUAGGCAUUGAUUUGUAAUGAAUUUUUUUGUAAAAUGAAACCC